AUGGACGGCCCUCCGCCGCCGCCCCCUCCCCACGGGGAGAAACCCAACACCACCCACGGCGAAUACCGAAAAUCCUCCGACCUCCCGCCCGGCAAUUAUGACAUCUUCAUCAUCCCGCCGCACUCCUCCGGCUCGGGCUUCCUCUACCUGCCCUCCCUCCAAUGCCAGCGCAACAGCUUCAUCGCCGGCUCCGUGUCGACCCUCGUCGUCGUGCUGCUCUGGGUGACCCUCUCGCCCAUCGUCAAGGCCUGGUACGUCGCCACCGUCGCCAGCGGCGGCGGCGCCUUCAUCGCCCUCAUCCUCGCCCUGGGCGUCGGGCUCGCCGGGUGGGCCUUUGGCACGGCCCAGGCGGGGAAGACGCAGGGCCCACGCGGCGGCGAUGCCGGCCCGGGGCCGGGACCGGGGCCAGGGGCAAGCCAGCAGUCUUCCUCUGGUCCGCGGGCGGACUACAACGCGCGCGGGCAGGGCUAUGCGGGCGCGGGUGCCGGGCCCCAGGGAGCGUAUGCCGGUGGUGGAGGUGGGGGUGGUGCAGGUGGUGGUGGACCUCAGUACGGGGGCCAUCAGUAUAGUGCUGGUGAGAGUGGACCGCCGCCAAACGAGCAGCCGAAGACAUCUUCUGAAAGUAAACAGGAAAGUAAGCCGCAGAGCGGAGCGGACUGGGAGAAGGCGCGGGAGGAGACGAGGCGGAAGGAGGAGCUGCGGCGGAAGAUGGAGGAGUUCAAGCGGAAGCGCGAGGCAGAGGCGCGCGAGAAACAGCGCCAGCGGGAGCGCGAGGCGAUGGAGAGGGAGCUGCGCGAGCGCAGGGAGCAGUUUGAGCGGGAGAUGGCGGCCGCCAAGGAGGCGGCUGCGAAGGAGGCGCGGGAACGCGCCGAGCGAGAGGCGGCCGAGGUCAGGGCCAAAGCGGAACGGGAAGCGGCCGAGGUCCGCGAGAGGGAGGCAAAGGCUGCUGCUGAGGCUAGAGCGAAGGCGGAACGAGAGGCGGCGGAGGCGCGCGCGCGGGCGGAGCGCGAGGAGGCGGAAGCCCGGGCAAGGGCGGAGGAAGCGAGGCUUCGAGCGGAGCGGGACGCUGCGGAUGCCAAAGCCAGAGCUGAGAAGGAGGCGGCGGAGAAAGAAGCCGCUGCAAAGGCUGCCGCGAAGAAGGAGGCGGACGCCAAGUUCGCUGCGCUUAAAGAAGCCGCUGCGAAGAAGUAUGCGGAAAAAAAGGCCCGCGACGCCCAGGAGGCGGCGGCCAAAGAAGCGGCGGAGAAGAAGGAGGCUGCUGCGAAAGAGGCCUCUGCAAAAGCCUCCAGUCAGAAAUCGUCGGCGACAACGUCCAACGUGCCACGAACGCCAUCGCCGAAGAAGCCCCCUUCUCGACCUGCUGCCAGCGAGGCAGACGAUGCGUAUUCGUUUCGUCCCUAUGACCGGCCGCGACGACCGUACGCCGGAACCUCGGGGUCACCAUCCGUCUACUCGGAAUCGUCAUAUGCCCCGUCUCAGUCGACGGCACGCACCACGCCUCCGCCAUCCACCAGAGGACGACGGUAUGAGACUAAGGAUCCGGAUAAGAUCGUCAUCCGCGGGGUGUAUCAGUUCAAUAAUGCAUUUCUCAAGACUCCGGUUGCACAGUUGGUGUCUGGCCAGGGCAUGGUGACGGAUGGACUGGUGCUACGCAUCACAACGGAGGGGUUAUUCAUUGACGAUGACGUGCGUGGCGUCCCUCAGCGCGAGUGGGACGUGAAGGCAUGGACUAUGAAGCUCGUCGAGGUGUGGUGUCCCCAGUACGGUGCACAGAAGCAGCCCCCCAAGGCCAACACUUCCUUCUUCCGUCGCGGGACGGGCGAACCUACGCCGGAGGAGAGCGAUGCAUACCUGCUCAACUACCUCAAAGUCUGCAAGAACAAGUGCCGAUUAGCCUCGCCGGAUAACUACGAUCCUCAAAGCCUUCAUGUGCUACGGGCUACGAUCCGAGAUCAGGAGGGCCGACGGUACGUCUUUGUCCUGCAGGAGACCGAAGGAUGGAAAGUCGGCAUCGGGCUGCAGCGGCUGCGCAGAGGGACACAGGUGCGCGCACUGGGCGUCACGAAUAUGCCGGUCAAUGAAUACCGAUCAACGCUUGGGAAUCUCGGUUAUGUGUGA